AUCAAGAUAACAUGAUGAUGAUUAAAAGGAAUCUCAGAGGAAAACAACAAAAAAGGUAGAUGUUAUGUUUUCCUAGCUAGGUCACUAGCGACGUCAAUUAUGUAAUAAAAAAUGUAUUACAUAAUCUAAAAAUGACUUUAUUGGAAUUUUAAAAUACUUUUUUGAGUGAUGGUGUCUGGAAUUGAUGUCUUCUCUUUUUGAAACAUAUUAUUCAGUAGUGUUCUUGGUCUAAAGUGGUGGUGGGUUCAAGCCCCACACUUACCAUGUGAGUCACCCACAUUCCUGCAGCUGGAUGACCUCAUUAAAGGGGAACAAAUGGGUUCCUAAAGGUCAGUCCUUUACGCAACACAGGAGGAAUAACCCCCCAGGACUUAAUUACAUAUUCUUGGGGAGGUACCCCAGACAUAAUACUUCCAUGGUGCCCUGUCAUUAGUCCAAAAAAAUAAACUCUAAAAUAACCAAACCGUCCAGAUGCCUUGAUUCCUUCUUCAAGACGUCACCCGGCCGACAGAAAACCAUCAUCAGCAAAUGUGAUGACUGCAGGCGGCACAGUAUAGUUUUCUGUUACCUAUAUUUUUUUAAAUAAAGUUUAAAGAACAGUGAUAGAAGUUAUUACAAAUUAGUAAAUAUGUUGUUUAUUGCAGAUAAAUGAUAAGGUUUGUUGCAUAAAACUUUUACUUUUUUCACUAAUUUGAAACGUUUUUGUCGCUGCAGAGAAACGAACCCCCCCCCCUUUUUUUUACGAGCUAUUAAAAUUUAAAUGUGAUCACCUUUUACAAAUUACUUUGUAUCAAAUAAACCUGAUUAAACUCUGGUCUUCAUCCUCUGGACAUUACUAAGUCAACCAUAAAAUCGUGAUUUUAUGGUUGACUUAGUAAUGUCUUCUUUUUUUUUAAUCUAUUUUUGGUUAAACCUGAGAUAAAUUACAAAUAAUAGUAACUUGAUAGAAUGGCACACGGGGAGAAAUCCAUCAGCCAAGCAUUUGUGUAGAUGUACCAGCACAGAAAGUGAUGAAUUACUCACCAACUUGAACUCAGAAUUUCGGCCCCAUUAGAACAUCAGCCCACACGGCUGUGCGUAAAAGCGCGCAAAUGGUGCGUUAUUGGUCCCCAGAGCGCACAGUUAGGAGCCUCAAAGAGCCACGGGAAGAAAUUCCGCUCCGUUUUAAUCAUCAUCUGGAGUUUAAGCAUAAACGACAGAAGUUGUAUGAGAACGUGUUGGAAUCGAAAUCCGCGCACCUUUCAGUGAUGGAGAUGGAUAAACUUGGUCUUCUGCUGCUGCUGCUUCUGUCACAUGUUUUCAGCCAAGAAACGGAGCUGGGGCCGUGGAGGAGAGAACCAGAGGAGACGAAAUGGCCAAACUCGGAGGAUCUUCAGCGAGUUUUACUGAGGGUGGCCAGAAAACCCAAACUGUGCCGGUGUUUUACCGGACAGACCGGGAGAAAACCAACCAGUAAAACACAGACAGCAGGAAAACGAAUUGGGCAUACAUUUCACACUUUCGUGGGCCUGAUGGGUAAAAGGGAAAAUGAUCAAGGAGCUUCAAGGGUGCGCUGAAGAUCUGUGAGGCUCCGCCCCUUUCUAAAGUUUCUGAUCAACACUGACAGCUAGUGGCAGAAAACAGAAACAGGCUCAUGGAUUUCACAGACCACCUUCACCCCAGAAUGCCAUCACAGGUUUAUUAAGUGACUUUGUACAUUACAAAUGAAAAAUAAAAUUAAAAAUACAGAUGGAGUAACACAGCCAAAGCAAAAAUGUGUUGUUGACUCUUCCUUUCCACUGAUCCGCGUUUUUCCAAACACUUUCAGAAACUAUUUUUUUCUAAACAUGAAGAUGCUGCCAAGUCUGAGUUUUUUUUUCUCCAAACAUACAAAAGAAGUCAGUACUUCAGCUGGUUUGGUAAAUAUAUUUAUAUAUAUAUAUAAAAAUAAACUAAAGUGAAGUAUAACACUUAUGACAUAAAUGGUGAUCCGAUGCUAGUGGAAAGAGCUAGAAAAACAGAGGAAAGUUUCAGAACAGAAAAAGGAGUAUACAAAAAAAAGGGGGGCGGGGUCGUUUCAGGGUUUCUCUUUAUUGGAUGUGAGGAGGGCGGCAGGAAAACUGAAGGCCUUCUCUCUGACACACCAGCUCACGUUCAAACACUGACGCUGUCGUCUUUCGGUAAACGUUGACAUUGCACCAAAAACUGAUUGUACAAUAGUUUUGUCUCAUCGUGCCCAAAGCCACCCUGUGGGAGGGGGGGGGCAGCAGCAGUAGCUGGAAGGUUGAGGACAGUAUUCAGUUAUAACAGUAACAACAACAAUAAUAAUAAUAACAUCAAGAAUAAUUAAAAUAUAA